CAUUAAGUCACACACACACACACAGUUACACAUGAAGACGACAUAUUGGAAAGCGAAGGCGGCCAUUUGUAAACUAAACGCAACAACGACGAAGAUACAUUUAUACACACAAAUAUCUCUAUAUUCACAUAGACGAGUAUAUAUACAAAACAGUGUUGAAUUAUUAAAUACAAGAGAAGACAACGAGCGUCAUAAAUAUAUCACAGAGGAAGAAGAAAAACAAAUUAGCAAAAGGCUGCCAUCGUCGUCGAGAGUAUCCAGUGGGCAUCUUUUUGCACAAAAAAAUCUUCUCGAAUACAAAAGAAAAACGGAAGGAAAGAACCGAUUUAUGAAAGGCCGAUCAGUUGUUGUUGAUUGUAGUAGUCACUCGCUUAAUUUGCCGAGUAUUUCUGAUGUAAUCGACGAUAUUUGACUGAAUAGUAGUCGUCGUGUGUGUCUCUAGGUCGGCCAUUACCGUCGUUCUCCUCCUCCCACCCUUUCCUCCUUCCUCCUCCUCCUCCCUGUCACAUGUUCCUCUCUCACAUGACCUGUUGUUUGGCCCCGUGAUCAAACUUUCAUUAUUUCCUGGCAAAUUCAAAAAACAACACACCACCUCCGACACUCAUAUUCUCCCCACAUGGAUAGUCUGGAUCAGGCCCUGGAAUCAAGCCAAGAUAAAACAAAUGACUCCAAUGGAUCAGAUGAUGUUCAGCUGACAGGACAUGCAGAAGGAAUGACUGGGUCAUAUGAGGUCGGAGAUUGUUUCUCUGCAGGUCAGGUGACCUAUCGUGUUGUACAGGUGACACAAGAUGGUAGUGAAGCAACUGCUCAGGUAGUGUCUACCACAGGGUUUCCCGCUGGUGCUCAAGUUGCUCAGGCUGUUAUUCAGACCCCUUUCAGUAACGGAGGAAGUCCAACACCUGAAAGCCAGACAGAAACAAGGUUUACAUAUUUCCCAACUUCUGGGUCGACAGGAGAAAGUGCAGUAGCAUCACCAGCAGAGGUGCCAACUGCCACAGCAAUUGGACCUGUCACUGCAGCUGGAGGUCAGUUCUAUGUGAUGAUGUCUCCUCAGGAUGUCCUUCAGAGCCAACGUAAUAUUGCUCCCCGAACAAACUACAGCCCUAAAUUAGAUGGCAGAUCGACACGUGACGACCGUAGGCGAGCAACACACAAUGAAGUGGAGAGACGGCGGCGUGACAAAAUCAACAAUUGGAUUGUUCAUUUAUCCAAGCUGGUCCCUGAAUGUGCUCAAGACCAUUCCAAACAAGGACAAGUUAGUGCAAGCAAAGGUGGAAUUCUGGCAAAAGCAUGUGAAUAUAUUCAAGAACUUCGGACGGCAAAUGCUCGUAUGGCUGACAGCCUUAAGGAGACAGAGCGGAUAUCUGUUGACUGUGACUUACAUCGACAACAGUGUGAAGAACUAAAACAAGAGAACUCUAUACUACGUGCUACACUUCAACAGCAUGGUAUUGUCAUCCCAGACCUGACAGGGAGUACAUCGUGAGGCAGGGACAGCUGUGUCUUCACUGUCACUCUCUUUUACACCUCUCAACAAAACUAUCACCACCACCCCUCCCCUUCCUCCUCACCACAAAUCUAUCCAACAUUAUUAUAAUAUACACACAUGCACAUAUACAUACACAUAUAUGUAUAUAUAUAUAU